CAAUAACAUACAACAUCACUGAUGAAUGCAUAGCAAAUUUAAAAUUGUUCCAAUAAUUAAUCAAAGGUCGUAUUAAGCGUCUAACAGUUACACUUUUGUACCUGUUUUUUAAUGGAACAUUCGUACUUGCGCGCGCAGUACGCCUGCGUUUUGUACUCUGAAUUGAACUACGUAGGGAAUUUAACUAAGUUGUCUAUAUGGAGGAUCUCAAAAUGUCCCUGAAGCUAUUUGAAAAUCCGUUCAAUCCCAAGAAGAUCCCUCCGCGAAAAACAGCGUCCUUGUCGAGUCUUCACACAUUGGACCGAUCAACACGGGAAUUAGAGUUGGGCAUUGAAUGCGGACCUCCUGCAAUGAGCAUUGGAGGACAUAACUUGAAAUUUGAAGAUGGACAGUGGAUCUCAGUAUCAGGUGGAAAUGCGUCGCACCGGGAAAUAGAACGGCUUAAGAAGAAAAACUUGCAGCUGGAGGAGGAGAACAAUAUGCUGAAAUUAAAAAUAGAAAUUCUAAUUGACAUGUUGACAGAGUCUACUGUAGAGUACCAUCUGAUGGAGAAAGAAGUGGAAGAGAUCAAGUGUCAACAUUAAAGAAUUGACAAACGCAAUACAAUACCUUCCUCAUAGGAAGCUUUUUAGUAGAAUUGUGUUUUGUUAAUACACAUAAAGAUGUACAGUAUGUGUAAAAAAAUGUACACCUUGUGUUAUAUAGACCAGGUUUUCAGAACUAAGUUUAUCUGGUACGUGCAUUUCUUACAAUUUCGUUACAUAUUUUUAUUGUUUCGUAUAAUCUUUUUGGCAAAUUAUUUUAUCAUUAUUUCACAUUGAAGUCUGGAACAAUAAAAUAAGUUUGGCUGAUUGUAUUAAGUUUAUUUUGGAUUUCUUUGAAUGUUGUUAUGACCAAUUAUGUAUGGAUUAAAGAAAAACUACUGUGUAACAAGAAAGAAUACAAUCGAGUUGUGUUCAUUCAAUUGUUGUUACAGUGAAUUAAAUUCCUAUAUCAGGCAUUUUACAGUGGAUUAAAUUCCUAUAUUAGGUAUUACGACCUAUGGAACACCAUGUAAAUCAUAUUUUACACAGUUUUAGUCUAUGAUUUUCUAAAAUUCAGCAGGGCCGAGGACCAAAUGUGGUAUUUGCCAUGUGGCAAAAUGGAUUUUGCAAUGUGGUAUUUUUUGCCAUGUGGCAAAAUGGAUUAUGCCAUGUGGCAUUUUUUUGCCAUGUGCUAAAAUGGAUUAUGCCAUGUGGCAAAACUGAUUUUGCCAUGUGGCAUUUUUUUUGCCAUAUGGCAAAACUGAUUUUGUCAUGUGGCAUUUUGCCAUCUGUCAUUCUUUUUGCCAUGUGGCAAAUUGGAUUUUGACGUGCCAUUUUUUUGGUAUGUGGCAAAAUGGAUUUUGGUUUGUCGCAUUUUUUAAGGGGAGGGGUCUGUGGCGUUUUGUGGGGGUACAGUAUAUGGCAGUUUUGAAGGCCAUGCACGUCCAUGCCAUUGACGGCUAUGCACGUCCAAAUUUUCCAUUCAUUUUAAAUGGCAGAAAAACGUGUGGCUGUGAUUUUUGACCAUACACUUUACAUUAGAGCGCAUUGACGUUCAGCUGACUCCCAAGUCAGGCUACGCCAUUGACGGUUAUGCACGGCCAUAUUUUCCAUUCAUUUUACAUGGCAGAAAAACGUGUGGCUGUGAUUUUUGACUAUACACUUUACAUUACAGCGCAUUGACGUUCAGCUGACUCCCAAGUCAGGAUAUGCCAUUGACGGCUAUGCACGUCCAAACUUUCCAAAAUCCAAAUCCAUUUUGCCACAUGGCAAAAAAAUGCCACAUAGCAAAAUCCAUUUCGCCAUAUGGCAAAAAAAAAAGCCACAUGGCAAAAAAAUGUCACAUGGCAAGAUCCAUUUUGCUACGUGGCAAAAUAAAAUGCCACAUGCCAAAAUAAAAAUGCCACA